CGCGAGUAGUGACACAUGUAGGUCGAUCCGAUGUGAAAGGUUUACAAAAAAUAAAGUCGAUUAAACCUUUUCAAUGAUGAAAGCAUUAAUUCAAAGAGUUACGCAAGCUAAAGUUACAGUUGAUGGAGAAACUGUAAGUUCUAUUGGGAAGGGACUAUGUGUGCUGAUUGGAAUCACCCAUAAAGACUCGCCAAAGGAGAUGGAAUACAUGGUGAGAAAAAUUCUCAAUCUAAGAUUAUUUGAUGAUGAUCAAGGAAAGAGAUGGGCUAAAAAUGUUAUGGAGAAAAACUUUGAGGUUCUAUGUGUGAGUCAGUUCACCCUAUGUACGAUAUUGAAGGGAAACAGGCCAGACUUCCAUGCUGCGAUGGCUCCAGAACAGUCUCAGGAGUUUUACGCUGAAUUUGUCAAACAAAUGGGAGAAACAUACGAUCCAUCAAAAAUCAAAGAUGGAGUAUUUGGAGCCUAUAUGCAGGUACAUAUACAGAAUGAUGGACCAGUAACGAUACCCUUAGAAACUCCUAUCUCUCUCCAGGAAGAAGGAAAGAAGCAAAAGAAGUGGAAUAAUCCGAAAAACCAGUCGUCCAAUGCUUCCAAAAGCACACCUGUACAACAACAAAGUAGCGUACCUGUAUCAGGGCCAGAGGUGUCAUGUGAAGGAGCAGAAGCCAUGUCUAGUGAACCUCAGGGUGGAACAGAGUCCCAGCAGGACCAGAGCUGACCCUAGGAGUUAUAUAGACACUGCAAAGUGGAAUCUUGUUUGUCUGGAGAUGCUGUGUGUGAUAGAACAUUGCCCCUAUACAUGUAAUCACCUACAUGUAGUGUAUGAAGUCUGGAGGGCCAAGAACGAACAGUCAUAUCAUGAUGAUAGUCAUGAUACACCAAAUGUUAGACAUGGGAUGUUUGCGUGUGACUAAAGACAUGUUUAUCUUGCUGGAAACAUUUCUAUGAGCCUUUUCCAGAUGACUACAACAGCAGUGUAACAGUUUUGGAAAUUGUAUGCUGAUUGAAAGUGGAUUUCUCGACCAAAUACCUGUACCCAUAUUGACAAGGUUCCCAUGUACAGAGAACAUUGUACUUUAAAUUUAAAUUUUAUUUAUCAAUUACUAUGUCGGAUCUGUGCCUAGUGCUUCACCCUAGCAAACAUCUUAAUUAUUGGACAAACUUCUAGUACCACAAACAGGGAGAAUUCAUGUAAAAUUUCUCUAAAGAUUUGUUUUUUGAUAUUCAAAAUGACCUAAGGCUAAGUUCAAAGUUGAGAAUGUGUGUGCAUAAUUAUUUGGUAAAAUGUGCUCUAAUUGGUUGGCAGUUUGACAGAUAAAUGGAUUCUAAUGAGACUGACAAUAUUCAUACAAUUUAACCAAAUCUGUGCAUGAUAUCAGACAGGUGUAUAUUGUUUCACCCCGGCAGUACUCUUGUUAUACAUUACAAAGAUAUGUCUGCUUUUUUUGCGGUAACCAAUGACAGUGUUGAACUGAAGACUUUAAAACAUGUUUUUUUUUGGUCCUUUGGCAUAUUAUUUGCUGUUUUCAUCAUAAUCCAUUUUAACUCAUUCACCCCUGAAGAUACAUUUGAACUCUUCCAAAUCAAAGGUUGGACACAUGAUUUUAGACAUAUUGUUGUGGAUCUGGCGCAAAGUAUUUCAUCGUGUUUGAUAUGACCAUUUAUAAAGAAUGAGUCAUAUUCCAAUGACAAAAUGUUUUCUCCAAUACAGAUGAAAUUAUCUUAAAACAAACAAUGGGUUGUUUUGUAUUCUUUUCAACUAUACUACAUGUACUAAUUUUAUUUUUUAGGUAAUCUGUGUUGAAAUCUCGUGUGACUUACUGCAGUCGUCUUUUGUCUCUCAUUGUACCUCAUCCAUCCAUUUACAUGCACAUUUCCAAGUUCUCAAAAACAGCUGAAUUGAUUUCAGUAAAAUUGCAAAAAACUUCAAAACUGAAUAGUGUGGUUCCCCCUCCCUCCCAAACCUUAGGGGUGUGGUCAUAAGAUGUAAAAUAAAAUAUAACAUUGAAAAAUGUUUUCUUCAGCACCAAAUAUGCUAGAAUCAAACACCUUUUUUAUGGAUGGAAAUGUCCUCAGAUGCUUUAGUAAAAUUAUGAAUUUCAUUACCCAAGUUUGGCUAUUCCAAUUAGGCAAGUAUUAAAUUUUUUUGACAAAACGAAGAUUUGUUUGUUUGUUUGUG